AUGGAGAAGAAUUCACCGAUUUCAACAAAAGGCGCAGACCGGAGAUGGAAAGGAGAGCGCCAUCGCAGUUUGAGAGUUGAGAUUAGGAACGGAGCAUUGACUAAACGAAAAAUUGAUUAUUCCUCAGGCAGUUUUGUAUUGACAGGACUGAUAGAGGCAGCGGCAAUACGGUAUACGGGACUUGGGAUUGAAGAAUUAAGUAUGGAUGGAAAAGCAGAAAUUUUGUUUGCGGAUCAAUUCAUUGCAACUGCAGUGGUGCUUGGAGUUUUAUAUAAUAUCACAAAGUCAUUCUCUCCAAUUCCUCGUGACAUUUAUGCAUAUGAUUUGAGGGAACCUUUCAAUCUUCAGAAGGGUGAGGUUUUUUAUGGUGUCUCUGAGCAAGUGGUUGCCUACGCCACUUGCUGUGCUUAUCAGUGCUGCUGUAUUUGCAGUUGCACAUCUCACUCCUGGAGAAUUUCCUUAGCUCUUUGUUCUCGGCACUGCUUUGGGAUUUCAUAUGCUCAAACCCGCAACCUUCUCACCCAAAUCACUAUUCAUGCCAUUUGGAACUCUGGAAUUAUCUUGCUUCUCACCUUCCUUCGGGUCCAAGGAUAUGAUAUCAAGGAAUUGUUACAAGCAUCCUGA